AUGAACUUAACGGAUUGGUCAGAAUUGGGAAUUCAGGUAUGCAAUGCGGCAUCGUUCGUGAUUGGACCAUCACCGAUACUCGAAGCAAUGUAUCGUGCGAAUGUGAGCGCUUUGGACCCGUUUCACGAUGAACCAUACGAUGCGGAUAAAUACAACGAGAAGAUGCUGAAUGUGCAUGCAAGCGAUUAUUCGGGUUUCGGUUGUGAGAUAACCAUCAGUGAGACGGACAAAACGUGGGCAACCGCGAAAUGCUUCAACGGCAUUCUGGAUGUUCGAAAUUGUCUUGUGCUUGCCGAUGAUUGUGUUUCACCGGCGCUUGUUCAGGUGGAACGAGUUCCUUUUAGUGUACUCGAGAGAGAGGGAAGAUUCUUCUACGUAUGCGGUAGUUGUGGUAAGAUAUAUUGGGAUGGAUGUCACAUCGUCAAUUAUAGUAACUUCGCUGAAUCACUUUUCGAUACAAGAGUGAAUGAGGGUGAAAAUGAAACACGUGUUCUUUCGUGA